GGGGGAGGGCCACAAGGAAGCGGGGGUGAAGCUGAGAGGAAAUGGGUGUAGAGUACUCCUCCUAUGCCUCUACACAUUCCGACUCUCCUUGAAAAGAGCACAGACGGAGGAGGAUAACGUCGCCUCUUGGGACACAACUGCAAAGCAUCGAGGCAAACUGCAACCUCGGCCAUGGUGUACCUGCUCAUAUCCUUGACGGUGCUGCAUCUGCUCACCCUGUCCAUGCUCCUCGUGGCCACCCUCGAGAAGUCCUGGUGGGUCUGGGACAAUUCGGAAAGCAGUGACCUGUGGUAUAACUGUUUCCACGACAACGCCACCGAUACGUGGCUGUGCGCCACCACCAAUGAGAGCGACUGGUUGCAGUCAGUGCAGGCCCUCAUGGUGCUGUCCGUGGUCUUCUCGUCCAUCUCCCUGCUUGUCUUUGUGGCUCAGCUCUUCACCAUUUCUAAAGGAGGUCUCUUCUACUUGACAGGACUCUGUCAGGCCUUCGCAGGCUUCACCGACUUUGCGGCGUGCCUCAUCUUCACCUUCCACCGGAAGGAGAUCCUGAACGACUCCAGAGAUCCAGGCAAAGGUCACUUUGGUUAUUGCUUCAUCCUCGCGUGGCUGUGCGUCCCCCUCCUGCUUACCAGCGGUGUCCUGUACGGACACCUGAGGAAGAAAGAGUGAAACGUGCUGCUUGGACGUUGUGGGAAUCGAAAGGACUGAGAGGGCCAGGUUGUCGUUGCCUGUAAAAAUGUGUGAAUGGCAGAACGUAUCGACAAAAGGGCAACCGAAGCGCACAUGAAUUUGAACACCAGUACAACACCAGUAUAUGCAUCUAUUGCGAUCUCUUGCUUACUGCUGAGUGGGUUCGGUUGACUGAAAUUUGAAAAAAUAUACAUGACUCCUCAGAGGUUUUCAGAAUCAAAUAUUGUAAUCCCCACCCACCCCCAAGUGUACCAUUACAAGUGAGUAUUAAGGCCACAUUAGGGGGAAAAAAGUAAUUAUGGUACACUAUGGGAAUAAAUUCAGUCAUAUGUGGUUAUUAGAUAUACUGUAUGUAUGUACUGCAUACAUGCAGCAUACAUUUUUUUAACUUUAUCUUUUUUCUGAUCAUUUUUAUCUAUCGUGUGAGUAUGAUUGUUUCAUGAAAAAAUUGUAUUAUGAAAUUUUCUUUAAAAAAAUAUAACUUGAUUAGAAAAAGUAUGGCUUUAUUUCCCAAAAUAGUAUUUUGUUUAUGUAUGAAAACAUGUUUCUCAAUGAAUUUAAAAAAGUAUUAUUCAAAAGAAAUGCAUAAACACAAAAAUGCAAUAAUAUGAACGUCAUCCUCAUUUUUGUUUCUUUUCAAUGUGGUCUUAAUGCUGUUUUGUAUGACAGCGUAGUGAGCACAGUUUGCGUGACUUUGAGUAAAAUUAACACUGACCGUAAAGUCACAGUUUCAUUUUUUAUUCAAUUCACUCAUUAAAAAUUCAUUUUUUAUGCUUGGUGACUUUGAGUAAAAUUAACACUGACCAUAAAGUCACAAUUUAUUUUUUUCUUCAAUUCACUCAUUAAAAUUCAUUUUGUAUGCUUGUAAAUUAGAACUAUUUUCCAAUAAAAAAAAAAUAUCAUGGCUGUACUCAUGAGCUUCUAAUUUCUUUUCGGCCUUCGAGAAUCAUCCAGCCUAUCACUGUUUUUUUUUUUUAUUAUUUCCAGCAUGCUCGCAGUUCCUUACAAAGCAUCAGACUUUUCAAAGUCAAUGUAUUGACGUGUAAGAUUGAUCAAAGUUCAAAGUAAGACAUGGCUGACUUUGCUGAUGUCCGGUGAAUAGACAGACACGUUUGUAUAUAUUGCUUAAGGGUGUGCCGACCUUUUGUUGGUCACCUCUCAGCAUGUUGCGAAAUGCAAUCUGUCAACAUUUUCUCUGGCAAAACAGCAUGGAUU